CAGGAACUAGAGAAUUCUGUGGUAUCAUAAAAUGACGCCUGUUAUUGUUCGAAUACUAAAAUGCAUUCUGGCGCUCUCUUCUUUGAAAGCAAGCAACUUGAAGACUGCGACUCCCUCAGCACACACACACACACACACGAGCACAGACACACAGCCCCAGCAUGCGUCCCGCGACAGAGCAGCCGAAAAGCCGCUCCCAACCAGCGCUGCCCGGCGCGGCCCCCGGGCCCAAGAGGAGGAAGAGGAGGCCCGGCGGGGGCCGGCCGAAGAGGAGGAAGAACGAGGGCGGGGCGGGGGCCACGGAGCGGUCAGAGGAAGCGCAGGCGCCACCGGAAGCCCCGCCCACCUCGCGGCGCGUCCCCUUCAGAAGCGUCCUGGAGGCGGAGGCCAUGUUGGCGUUUGGCGAGCGGCAGGCCCCGUCCCCCCCGGCCCGGCCGCUAACCUGUCAGAGCGCUGAGGUGCCGCGCCCCCCAGGCGCACCUCACCUCGGCUUCCUGCCUCAGAUUGACAGGUGGCUCCACGCCGCCCUGCAGGACGCCGGCGCCUACUACCAGCGCCAGAGAUACGCCACGGCGGCCGCCCGCUACAGCGCCGCGCUGGAGCUCUGCUCCAAAGGUGCAGUUCUGGGAAGAGCCUUUGAUGCUGAUUAUGAAGACAUCUCCAAGGUUACCAGCUUCAUCCAAUCAAAGCUGGUCACCUGUUACCUGCGAAUGAAGAGGCCCGACCUGGCUCUUACCCACUCUCACAGGAGUAUCUAUCUGAACCCCAUCCAUUACCGGAACCACUUCCGGCAGGCGGUGGUGUACAGGCUGCUGGGGCGUCCGCGCGAGGCAGCCAGGAGCGCCAUGACUGCUGACUUUGUGUACUGGCUGAGUGGCGGGUCGGAGCGGAGUGUGAGCGGCGUGAUCAAGCGCUAUUGGCAGGCGAUGCUGGAGCAGGCCGCCGCCCGGGAGGACAGGUUCUCCGUCAUGUACACCCCCUGCCAGGCAGCCCCCACCGAGGAGGGAAUCGAGAAGAUGAUGGAGGCCUUCCGGAAGAAGCACCCCGCGUUCACGCAGUACCUGUUCACAGACCCCAGCGGGGGCCACCUCCUGCCCCAGACGACCGACUGGACAGGCCCCCCCUCCCAGCGGUAUGCCCUGACCCUGGGGUUCAGGAGGCAGGAGGACGGGAACUUCCUGGACAAGCUGCUCACCAGGAAGUACCCCAUUUUUACAGGAAGCAGGGCUCCGUUCGCGCCCCUGACCGUGGAGGACCUCCAGGGGAUGACGGACAGCUUGGAGAGCAGGAUUCUGCCCGUGUUAGACUUUCUCAAGUGCACCAAGCUCGCAGUGGGUAUACCACACCCCGCCUUCUCUGAGCCCCUGCUGGAGGUUUCGGCUACAGAACGCACUGGGGUGGGGGGGGUGGGGGUGGGGGUGGGGGGGAUAAGAGACGGAUGGUGUCCCCAGACAGAGCAGGGAGGUGUCACUGCCCCCCCCCCCAUCCGUACUAACCGCGGUCAGGCCCGCAGCCCCCCCAGGACCGGCGCUCUCAAACGGCGCCGCAUAGCGCACACUUCCUGCACUUCCCCCACCGCCUCUACUGCCCCCUACCUGUGGCCUGGGCCACUGCACCCAGAGAAUGAGCGAGACAGACAGGUGGGCGUGUCCGCAGGCUCGGGGCUGCUGGAGAGGCUGCAGCGGGCGGAGUACCUGGGCCGCCUGCAGCGCACCACAGAGCAAACGCUGGCCCUGCACCAAGCGCUGGCCGAGCUCGCCGUCGCCCCCUACCUGCAGGACCUCAGCCCUGCAGACUCCCAGCUGCUGCAGUCUCUAAUGGCGGACAGCAUGGACGCCCUGGAAGGAGGACGGACAGAUAAAGAACGAGUGUGGAGCGAAAUGCAGAAGGUGGGGCUUCUGGAGGAGCUGGUGUACGAGCAGGAGGAGAGCUUCCUGAGGGACAAAGCCGCGAGGGGGGGCCAGAGGAAGCCUAAGGCCGCCAGGAAGCCCCGGGGCAGGAAAAGAAUCCCCCCCCGCACUCACCCCGCCCGGGCGUGACGACCGGGGCGGCUACAGAACCUCUGCACCUUAACCAGCCGUCCCAGGACUGGAGUUCUGCUGCAGUCCCAGCUACACGGAUACCCAGAGGCUCUUUCACACCCCCGCCCUACUGUACCCAUCAGAGGGGGUUUACAGCGCUGAGCCCAGUGUGUGUGUGUGUGUGUGUGUGUGAGAGAGAGCGAGACAGUGUGUGUGUGUGUGUGUGUGUGUGUGUGAGUGAGAGAGAGCGAGACAGUGUGUGUGUGUGUGCUGUGAGAGAGAGAGAGAGCGAGACAGUGUGUGUGUCUGCGUGCACAUGUGCAUGCGUGUGUGCACGUGUGUGUGCGCGAGAGAGAGAUUGUGUGCGUGUGUAUGAGAAUGCAUGUGUGUGAAUGUGUGCAUGUUUGCGUGUGUGCAAGAAAGUGUGUGUGUAUGAUGUGUGUGUGUGUGCAAAAAUGUGUGUGAGUGUGUGUUGCAUUAAUGCUUGUUUGUUCCAGUUAAUGCAAAGCAGACCUAGUUUGUAAACAAACAAAAGAAAAAAGACACUCUCAGUGUGCAUGUGCAUCCUAAUAACGUGCCUGACUCCAGCUCGUGCAUCUCA